AUGGGUGACUCGGACCAUAAUCACGAUGGUGUUAGCCCGCUGUUAGUUGGUGUUCUUGGGGUUGUCUCGGGUGCAAUUGUAGUCGCUUUUAUCCAUUGCAUAUUGGUUAGUUGUCGUAAUAAUCCUGACCCCGCCCCUGAGCCAACUAGACCACCCAAUAUGUACCGCCGUCCAAGAAUUAGGGUUGAACGUGACUCCAAUGCAAGUUUAUCGAACCCUAGUAGUACUAGUACUAGUGCAUCAAGUUCAAGUGGUAAUUCGUCCGUCUUGUUGACGGUGCAUAAGUACUCAAAAGAUUUUAAAGAAGGGACGUGUGUGAUUUGCUUGGGUGAAUUUGAAGAAAACGAUGAAGUUAGGAUUAUGCCAGAAUGCGCUCAUGUUUUUCAUGUGGCGUGUAUUGAUAUGUGGUUAUUUUCUCGUGGUAAUUGCCCUCUUUGUCGGGCUAAUGCUACUCCUCGGACACAGGAUGUUCUUUUAUCGAUCUUGGCUUCUAAUCCCAUAGCUUAA